CCGCCGCCUCCCUCCCCCUUGCUGGUCCCACGAAGAGACCAUCGCCCUCAUCGACUCCUAUCGUGACAAGUGGUACUCUCUCCGCCGCGGCAACCUCAAGGCCACCCACUGGCAAGAGGUCGCCGACGCCGUCGCUCACCGCUGCCCCGCCGCUUCUCCUCCCAAGACCGCCGUCCAGUGCCGCCAUAAGAUGGAGAAGCUCCGAAAACGGUACCGGACGGAGAUCUCGAGGGCCAAGUCCAUGCCUUUGUCCAGAUUCACCUCUUCCUGGGUCCAUUUCAAGCGGAUGGACGCUAUGGAGAAGGGUCCCGCGGCUGCGAAGAGGGAGAACUCGGAGAGUCCCGGGGAGGAGGACGAGAAUGAUGAGAAUGAGGAAGAGGACGAUCAGGAUCAGGAGCUGUAUGAGGAGCUGAGAUAUGGGUCGAAUAUGAAGAGCAUGAGCAAGUUGUAUAGAAAUGGAGUUGGGGUUGGAGGCAGUGGUGGAAGUAGUGGAGGUGGGUUUAGGAUUCGGAUCCCAACUGGGGUUAGUAUAGCUCAGCCCGGGACCAAGGUUUAUCCGAAAAUGGAUCCGAAAUUCGGGUUGAAUUCGAAUUCGGGAUCGGGUUCAGGGCCGGGGUAUGGGAGUGCUAAGGUGAUGAGGGAGUGUGGGAAUUCGGUGAGGCCUGGAUUGGGGAAGAGGGAGAGGGAGGGGAGAGAGAGGGAGAGAGACCCCGUGGCGGAGAUGGUUUCGGCGAUCAAGGUUUUGGGAGAUGGGUUUGUGAGGAUGGAGCAGAUGAAGAUGGAGAUGGCGAGGGAGAUCGAGACGAUGCGGAUGGAGAUGGAGAUGAAGAGGACCGAGAUGAUUUUGGACUCGCAGCAGAGGAUUGUUGAGGCUUUUGCCAAGGCAGUUUCAGAGAAGAAGAAGAAGGCCAAGCGAAUGCCCUCCCCGGAGGCAUAGCUGGGCUUGCAGUGGUUGAGUUUCCGGAAAUUCUAAAGGAAGAAUGAGCUUCCUGUUCAUAGCAGCCAAAUGCCUUUGCAUCUUAGGGACUAAGAUUGUGAGUUUAUUAGUUGUAAGUUCUGUGUUUAACUUUCGCUUUCGAGCCACUUUUUACCAUUAUUUUCCUUUUAAGUCAUGAGGAGAAUGUGAAACUUGAUCACUUUAGCUUGGUUCUGGUCCUUUGUAGCGAUUGUAGCUUAAUCUUUGUAGUUUGUAGUUCGUGUAGUGGAGGAAAACUAUGUAGAAUAGUUGUUGUCUCUCUGUUUAUCUCUUGGUUUAAUGCAUAGAAGCUCUAGCUGUUAAAAUCUUACUCUUUUCUUUUGAUCCGAUAGUAAGAAUGCUUGCUUUAUAAUAAUGGGAAGAGGAUUCUUUUGUU